AUGUCGCCCACCCCUUUCUCCGGCUGCCCACCCGCCGCCUACCUCAGCUCGGUCUGCUGCUCCGGCUGCCCACCCGCCGCCUACCUCAGCUCGGUCUGCUGCUCCGGCUGCCCACCCGCCGCCUACCUCAGCUCGGUCUGCUGCUCCGGCUGCCCACCCGCCGCCUACCUCAGCUCGGUCUGCUGCUCCGGCUGCCCACCCGCCGCCUACCUCAGCUCGGUCUGCUGCUCCGGCUGCCCACCCGCCGCCUACCUCAGCUCGGUCUGCUGCUCCGGCUGCCCACCCGCCGCCUACCUCAGCUCGGUCUGCUGCUCCGGCUGCCCACCCGCCGCCUACCUCAGCUCGGUCUGCUGCUCCGGCUGCCCACCCGCCGCCUACCUCAGCUCGGUCUGCUGCUCCGGCUGCCCACCCGCCGCCUACCUCAGCUCGGUCUGCUGCUCCGGCUGCCCACCCGCCGCCUACCUCAGCUCGGUCUGCUGCUCCGGCUGCCCACCCGCCGCCUACCUCAGCUCGGUCUGCUGCUCCGGCUGCCCACCCGCCGCCUACCUCAGCUCGGUCUGCUGCUCCGGCUGCCCACCCGCCGCCACUUACCUAUGA